AUGGCUGCUUCUCUCUCUUGUUCCCGGUCCUCCCAAGGGCAGAUGGCCCAUGCCAUGAUGUGGACCCUCUUCUUUCUCCUCCUCCUGGACCUGACCAACUUCUCCAAGGGCCAGGAUUUCUGGAAGCACCAUGUGGACUACCCCAAGACUAACGUCCCAGGAAGUAAACAUCAGUACUGUAAUGUGAUGAUGCAGAAAAGGGGGCUGAUUGUGGGUAGAUUCUGCAAGCAGUUGAACACCUUCAUCCAUGAGAAGGAGAGCACAAUCACAAACAUCUGCAACAGGUCAAAGAUUUGUGGCAGUUCCAAUAAGACAGACUGUCAUGAAAGCCCCUUCUUAUUUAAUGUGACACAUUGCUAUACCAGCUCAUAUGCCCGGCCCCCUACCUGUAGAUAUAGGGCCAAGUUGGAAUAUUUAAGAAUCAAACCCCUGAGUGUUAGCCAUCCUCUCCUGUCUGUGUCCAUGUCUGACCCCCACAUGUCUGUCCCCUGCAUGUUCUUCCUCUUGGUUUCAGCCAAGCCUCUAUGUAGUGGCCCCAGCCUAACAUGA